CCCUUUUAAAAGAUGUUUGGGGCUUUGGGUGUCUUAAAGGUCAUUUGUACCUUUCCUUCUUGGAAUGUUUGAAAAGCUACAUGAAAUCAAGCAGUUGUUUGUUUGCAUUACUUAUCAUUGAAGCUCUUCACAUUAGUAACAGAGAAGGAAUGCCCUUUCUAUAAGUAACUGAAUUCAGGAUGUAGUUUGUUGCCAUUUCUGUAAGUGAUGUUACUCUGCUAAUAUUCUAGAUGAAAAAAAACAGUUUAGUUAGUGCAUAUCUGAUCAUCAACCCAAAAGGUCAACAAACCCAAAAGCUGGUGGCCGAAGCAGCUCUUCUUGUUCUUGUAGGUUGUUUAUUAGAUAUGUGCAAUUUGAUUUAUUGUAAAUGAAUAUGCAGGGUAACAAGGUCCAAGAACAGAACUAUAAGUUGUUGAGUGAUGAUUGUUUCAACAUGCUUAGAGAUUUUCCUGAAAUGUUUUCUCCACAACCACCUUCAGACAUCGGACUUCACUUCCAUUCUCAGGGAGGCUCAACAAAGCUGAAUCUUGGAAAUGCUAGUAUAACUAGCAUCACAUCUGGCUAUGUAGGAUCAACUUCCUCUUUUAGUACAACUGAACAAUGCAUGUCUUUACCACGAGCAGGUUGUCAUGGCCAUAGCUUAUCUUCAUGCUCUCAACUAAACAGCCUCGAUCUUCAAGCAGGAAAUAAUUUGGAACCAUUGAUGAAACUUCCCUUCGAAAAUAAUCAAAAUCUCAGAUCUUCUGCAAAGUUGUUUCAGAAUUUAUAUAGUGAUUUGCCAGGGAGUCACGUCUUUGAGCUCCUGCAGAAGUCAGCUGAAUUAGAUAACACCAUGCAAUGGAGGCCAACCUAUGUAAGUUUUGAGGGUAACCAGCGCAACGAGGUUAGCUUUAGUCCAUACAGCUCUCAACUGCCAAAACCAAUCUCCUGCUUUCACCAAGAGAAGCAACCUCCUAAUUCUCCUCAUGGGAUCUCUGUCACUCAUAAUAAUUCUGUUUUAUCGAGGGCAGGAACCUCAAGUAAAACACGCAUCAGGUGGACACAAGAUCUUCACAAGCGAUUUGUUGAAUGCGUAAAUCGUCUUGGGGGUGCUGACAAGGCAACUCCAAAGGAAAUCUUUAAGCUGAUGGAAAUCAGUGGGUUAACCAUCUUGCAAGUUAAAAGUCACUUGCAGAAAUAUCGUACUGCCAGAUACAUUCCAGAAUCUACAGGGAAAUCUGACAAGAGAUGCCACAUAAAUCCAGUGACACAGUUUGAUCCAAAAACAGGCACGCAGAUAGCAGAAGCAUUGAGGCUGCAACUAGAGGUCCAGAGAUCCCUGCAUCGACAAUUGGAGGUUCAAAAAGAUAUACAGUUGAAGAUUGAAGAACAAGGGAGGCAGCUUAAAAAGAUGUUAGACGGGCAGCUAACAACGAAUGAGAUGUUCAAAUGUCUUCAAUCCCAUGACUUUGAAUUGACAUCCCGGGAUCAAAUGUCUUCAAUGACUUUCCAGUAUCCUUCUCAUAGUGGAAAAGAAACACAGUAAUUUGUAAAUGAGAGGUGAGGACAUAAUGCCCAAGAGCAUAUAGGAAACAAAAAUGGCAAUAUGCCGAAGUGACAGCUACAAAAGAUGAUAUAGACCAAUAACUGCAAAGUAACAAGACUUAUAUCCAGUUCUAUAACUUGAAUUUCAUAUCA